AUGGAGCCCGCAGACCGCAAUGCUCGUUGGGACGAGAUUCAUGAAGAGUUGAAUAGUCGCCGCCUUAACGGUGCAGACCACAUGAGAGCUCUCGACGAGAUGAUCCCAGAUAUAGAAGAGCUGCGAGCAUUCUGCGAAUACCAACACAACAUUUUUCUGCAAGAGAAUUGUCCGCAUUUAGCCAAUCCUUCUGGUAUCUUAACGCCGGCUCGAUUUAUUGAAAUCGCAGAUUCAAUCAACUUUCUGAAUCCGACGGAACGCAAAGAACUCCUGCCUGGACUGAAGUGGGAUGUUCGGCCCUGGAUACCCCUUGGCUAUGAGAAUACGACUCUAUACCGCUUGCUUCCCUCUUUAUACAACUUAGAACCACAGAAAGCUGAAUAUCCUGACACAGGUCUUGAAGUCAUGGAGGCUGCAUUUCUCGGCGUGAAUAUCACAGUGCAGCCCCGUGAGCCAUCUCUGCCGCUUAACCGCCGCGCCCUUAAUUUAUCAGAGCAGUCUACCAAGUCAGCAGAGUCAGAUGACGCAGAGGCCCCGGGAUUUGUUUUCCACGAGCUCGGCGAGCUGCAGUGUUUAGAAUGCGAGACUGCUGAGGAGAUGCCGACAACAUUGGAGGAAGGCGACGAUCGUGACGAAGACUGGGAACAGACUGGCUUUUCUGUUGUAGCCCGACUUAAUGUUUCUGGACAUAUCAACGGGGUUUAUGUCAUAUAUAACAUGAAACCACACGAUGAAUACACUCGCAAGCGGGAGCAAAUUACACACAGCAAUUGGGGUAUCCCGCCCAGCUCACCUGGAGAGCAAUUCUCAUGCGCACGGAUUGGCAACAAUAUGCGAGACUUCGAUUUUAAGAACAAGCUGAUAUGGAAUGAUCAAAUCCAGCAUCCGGUCGAGUUAGUGUGGGUAGUGAAAUCGCCAAUGGGAGGUGUGAGGCGUGUAACGGUGGACAGUAAUUACCAGAUGCACAUGUAG